AUGGUUGAAAAUCUAUCAUCUCAAUUACCAACAUUAGACAAAUAUAUUGGACGUAUUAAACGGCAACAAACUGAAGACAAAGAUUGUCUGAAAUGGGAUAUUGAGAAAGGUUUACCUCAUCUUCCCGUACCGGAUUUGGAUGCAACCUUAACGAAAUAUCUUCGUUGUUUGGAACCAAUUCAAUCAGCAGAUGAAUUUGAUCGAACAAAAAAUUUAGUAGAUCAAUUUCGUUCAACAAAGGAAAAUAUUGGACAUCGUUUGCAAGAUAUGCUGAUUGAGCAUGCAACAAAAUCGGAGAAUUAUGCAGUUGAUUGGUGGUUAGAAGACAUGUAUCUUGCAAAUCCUCUUUCAUUGCCAAUUAAUUCUAAUCCAGCAUUUGUUCUUCCACAACAACACUUUACAAAUACUGAAGAUUAUUUAAAAUUUAUUGCAAAAUUAAUAUCAGGAAUAUUAGAUUAUAAAGUAUUAAUUGAUGCACGAGCUUUACCUAUAGAUCGAGCAACAAGCCGUGAAAAAGGUCAACCAUUUUGUAUGGAACAAUAUUAUCGUCUAUUUUCUUGUUAUCGUAUGCCCGAUAUAAAUCAAGAUCGUCUUAUACAAAUACGUAAUAGUAAAGUGGUACAUCAUCAAGUUGAGCAUGUUAUUGUUGCCUAUCGAAAUCAAUUUUUUGUAUUAAAUGUUGUCAUUAAUUUUACACGAUUAGAUGAAGAUGAUAUUUAUACAUUAUUAAAACGAAUUGUUCAAAUGGCUGAUGAUGAUCCUUGGACAACUGAUGAAGUUGGUAUUUAUACAUCAUUACCUCGACGUAAAUGGGCGAAUAUACGAGCAGAAUUAAUAAAAGAUAAUAAUAGUAUCCUUGAAUUUCCAAAAUUAGAUAUCCUAUUGAAUUGGUUUUUUUUAGAUGCAUUGAAUCGAGAUUCACUUGAUCUUAUUGAACGAUGUAUUUUUAUUGUAUGCUUGGAUCAAUGUGAUACAAAUGAUUUAGAUGAAGAUGAUGAAACAGUUGAUUUUAAUAAGACAAUGAAACGAAAUUUUGUUUCAUUAGGCGAACAAAUUUUACAUGGAGGAAAAAAUAUGCUUAAUGCUUCAAACCGGUGGUAUGAUAAAACGAUGCAAUUUAUAAUUGGUACCGAUGGUUUAUUUGGUUUAAAUUAUGAACAUUCACCAGCUGAAGCUGUAGCUGUUAUUCAAUUAAUUGAACAUCUCUUUAAAUAUAUGGAAGAAAAAAGUCGCGAAAGAUUUCGUCGUUCGAAAUCACUUUGUGAACUUCCAAUACCACAUCGAUUAAAAUGGAAUUUAAAUAAUCUCCUACGACAAAAUCUUUCUUUUGCAAAAGAAAGUUUACAAGAUGCAAUUAAUGAAUUCGAUUUAUAUGUUCUUAAAUUUACUGAUUAUGGAAAAGAGUUUCCAAAGGAACAUAAUAUGAGUCCUGAUGCAUUUAUUCAGAUGUGUCUUCAAUUUACUUAUUUUAAAAUGUAUAAUAAACUUGUGUCAACAUAUGAAAGUGCAUCAACACGACGAUUUCAUUUUGGUCGAGUAGAUAAUAUUCGAGCUAAUACUCCUGAAGCAUUAACAUGGGCACAAGCAAUGGUUGAUGAAACAGGAGAUAUUUCAGCAGCUGAAAAAUUACGUUUAUUCCGACAAGCUAUGCAAGCACAAACUGAUCUUAUGAUUCAAAAUAUUCUCGGUGACGGCAUGGAUUGCCACAUGCUUGCUCUUAAACAAGUGGCACGUGAUAAUAAUCUUCCAAUGCCAGAUUUAUUUCUUGAUCCUGGUUAUGCAUUAAGUAAUCAUUUUAGUUUAUCAACAAGUCAAGUAACAACAAAUAUCAAUGAUUCAUUUAUAUGUUAUGGUGCAGUUGUACCUGAUGGUUACGGUUGUUCAUACAAUGUUCGUUCCGAUUAUAUUCUAUUUUGUAUUUCAUCAUUUAAAAAUUGUUCAACAACAAAUUCUCGAGAAUUUGCUGAUUCAUUAACAGAUACACUCUAUGAACUUCGUGAUCUAUGUACACUUGUACAACGACAACAACAAACAAUAGCAUUACGACGACCUUCAUAUGCUGCUCGACAAUCUAUUUCAUCUGCCUCAAUAGAAUUAAAUGAAUACAUUAAUAAUAAUAAUAAUAGCAAUAAUGAAAACUAA